AUGAAGAGCACACAGGACCAACUGUUAUCUGGCUGUGCCAUACCUAGACCUGACUUGAUAACCCACACUGAACAAGAAGAGUCACUCAUUAGCAAUCAAGGGAACUUGGAAACAGGAGGCUUUGCAGUCUGCAGCAGUGAUGAUGAACAUCUUGACUUGAAAAACACAGAGAACUGGUCUGGACUCUUACCAUUCUGCUGCAAUGAGUGCAGCAAAGGCUUCACCAACAAGUCUCAGCUAGCCAAUCACAUUGGAGUUCAUAGACCAAAAAAACACUUCCAGUGCACUGAGUAUGAAAAGAACUUUGCCCAAAAAUCCCAACUGCUCAGGCACCAGCACCUGCACAUGGGGGAUAGGCCCUUCCAGUGCCCAGAGUGUGACAAGAGCUUUGGAGUAAAGGAGGACAUGAAGGCCCACCAGUACCGGCAUAGGGAGGAAAAGCCAUUUUCCUGCAGUGACUGUGGUAAGGGCUUCACCAUGCAUCAUUAUCUCACUGAUAACAUCAGAAUACACAUAGGCAAAAAGUCCUUCCAGUGCCCAGAGUGUGGCAAGAGCUUUCUAAUGAAAGCAGACAUGAGAGUCCACCAGUGA